AUGGCCGAUUCAUGUCAGCGACGAAGCCGUUCACUUGGUUCAGCUCAAGGCUCUCGUUCACGCAAUAGCGUUCCUUACUCACAGCGCACAAACAACAACGUCGACCCUCGCUGUACAUGUCCACAUCCUCCAGGCUACUGUCCUCCUCAUGGUCGUGCGUCCAUCCGAACAACUCGUCCGGUACGACAUCCCUCGUUUGCUUCCCACUACGUCAAUAAGCCACCGGUGAUUUACGAAUUCCCAUUAUCACCAUCUCGUGUUACCUCAUAUUCAUCUCGCCCUUCCCUUCCUCAUUUUCAUCCAGCACCUCGUUAUCCUCCAUUUCACAAUUGUUGCGGGAGGUUUCCCGAGCCACCGCGAAGACGCGUUCCUUCCGCACCACCUGCACCGUUCCCUUCUACGUCUUAUCGACAUGGCCAUUACAAUGCAGGAAUCAAUUACGCGAAGACCGUCCACCCCAGUUGUGAAGGCAGAACCUCAGAAAACGCCAUUCGUCACGUCUAUUAUCUGCGGGCAUAUCCAAGACGAUUUUCAAGACUUUUUGUGGCAGAGUACCAAUAUUUGGAACGUCUUCGCCGUUAUCCGACUAUACUGGCGGAUUGGACUUUACCAUCGUUUCAGCCCUAUUACUCUGUUGUUUACUUGAGGAGUCAUUUACCAAGUUCGGUGUGCUGCGAUUCGUUUCGCAACGUGUGCGUAGCAACUAUAGGUGGACGAGGCGGAGGGAAAGCUCACCCAAAGCAGUCCACGCACCUCUGCUAUUAUUCGAGGCUGUCUGACGAAGGAAAUUUUUCAAGCGGAUGUCGAGCCAUCUACGGAGACAAAGAGGGAAAGGAUCUCUACAAACCAUGCAAAAAUUGUGAGUCGAUUCGCGUGAGUUCAGCGCCGCCUACGACCAGAUCGUGCACCUCCUUCUCAGAAACGUUGGAGGUAGACAGUGACGUUUAUGACACUGGCACAAGAAGACGUUCGUCAUCUUCAUACGUCACUCGUCGUAAACCAUAUACUCCAGAACGAAGUACACAGAGUUACGCUAGCACUCGUUCCUGCUGCACUAACUGCCGCUCCAGCAGCACUAGUACUACAACGAGACGAAGCAGCAGUACUCCUUCAGUUGUGCGAUGGGUUACCCAAGAAAGGAAGCGACCAGUUUGUCCUCGACACGGCUCUACUACGUCAAGCAGUGGAGCCACAACGAAAUCCCGCGGUUCCAGUAGUUCAAGCGUUAGCCGGGAAAGAGAAGCUGCGCGAGAGUUGCAAGAUCUGGAGAAUUUUCUGGGGCUGAAAACAACCAGAAUCAACAAGCCAAGUGACCAGACUCAUGAUUCUGGAUGCCGGUCGUGUCGAUCCUCUAGUUGUUCGGGAGUGAGUACAGCGAAUCCUAUAUGUGAAUGUUCAGGUUGUAUCAAAAUGAAGAGAUCAGGAACUGCUGAGAGGUUGUGCUGCUCAUGCUCCACAGCGUCGGCUACGUCACUUGUGGCUGGUACGAGCAUCAUAGCUGGAUCAAGGUCCACAUCUCCAAGUUGUGUUCAUGAAUUGGGACAGGAAUCUCCCAUCUGCUCUUCGUGUUCGCGUUCAAUGGUAUCUGUGCCGAGUGUAUCAGGGUCGACGGCUCGCGUAAUAAAUGAUCCGAACAGUCCGAGCUUAGUGGACUAUGUUUCGGCAACAUCGCAGCCAAACGGCUCAUUCGACAUGACCGUGUCGGGACCUCGUGAGGACAGUAGAUCAGGAGGUCGAGAAAUAAGAAGACCACCGCUGCGUUCUGUGUGUGACUUUUUGCCAGAGCAUGAUUGCGGCAAUAUAUCACAUUCAACAUCGACUGCAUAUCCGAUUCAUGAUCCAAACUGCAGACAAUGUGCUGAGGCUCGUUUUGCAGACAGGCUAAGUGAAACACUACAUGAAAGUUGCUCGUGUACGCCUGUCAUCCGAACAGAACCCAACGGAACCAUCUCACUGAUUCACACAUCUGCACCGACACGAAAAGACACCGUAAUGAACGAAAGAAAUAAAAAAAGUUUGCUGGAUCACAUUUCAAAAACGAACAAAGAAGCGAAAACGAUGAGAGAAGCCGUGAUGCAGUGGGUACAAAAGAAAGCAGCCGUUUGUAAAAGUCGGUUGAACAAAAGGAGGAAAUGA